AUGAUCAGCCGAAAGUACUGUUGGGUUAUAAGGAGGUAUAAUGGCAGUCACACAUGUACCAGAGCCACAAUUUCUCAGGAUCAUUCAAAGCUGGAUUCGACCACGAUUGCAGAAGCAAUUAAGCCGUUGGUUGAGGCUGACCCCGCCUUAAAGGUAAAAUCAGUUAUAGCAGAGGCGCAAUCGAAGUUCAACUACACUGUUAGUUAUCGGAAAACAUGGUUGGCUAAACAAAAGGCAGUUGAAAAAAUAUUUGGAGGUUGGGAGGCAUCGUACGAAGCGUUGCCUAUAUGGUUUGAGGCAAUGUGUCACAAGGAGCCGUCGGCUGUUGUUCAUUUUGAGACUAUGCCUGCAUACCAAGGCGAUGACUUGGUGACUGAUAUUCGGGUAUUGCAUCGUGUCUUUUGGAGUUAUUACCCCUGCAUUAGAGCUUUCAGACAUUGUAAGCCAGUUGUCCAGGUGGAUGGGACUCACUUGUACGGAAAGUACAAGGGUUGUCUACUAGUGGCGAUGUCACAGGAUGGUAACAACAAUAUCGUACCAAUUGCGUUUGCAAUUGUGGAGGGAGAGACUUCAGAUGCGUGGCACUUUUUUCUGAGUAACCUUCGUCAGCAUGUUGUCACUCAGGAUGGUGUGGGACUGAUAUCCGACCGUCACGAAUCCAUAAAUGCAGCUGUGGAAAGGAGUAAUGGGGCUUGGUCACCUCCGAGAGCCUUUCAUAUGUUUUGCAUCAGGCAUAUAGAGUCGAAUUUUCUGAGAAAAUUUAAGGCGCCGUACUUGCAGAAACUGGUCGUCAACAUAGGAUAUUCGAGGACGGUGCGGGAGUACGAGGUGCGUUACCAACGUUUACGAGAACGGGGGGAAGCCUACACUGACUGUCUUGAAGGGCGCACGCAAUCUCCCCGUGACUGCCCUUGUGAAGGCAACAUUCUACAGGUUGAACGAGUUGUUACCCGAAAAAGAGCGGAAGCGGAAGCCCGGAUUAAUGCGGGCCAUGUGUUUUCUGAUGUCGUGACAUCGAAGUUGCAUGCAAACCAACUUGCAUCAGGAAAUAUUCAGGUGGACCGGAUCUCCUGUCGACAUGUGUUUGCAUGUUGUGCCAACCAGCGACUGGAUUGGCAAGUGUAUGUUCAUGAUGUGUAUAAGAUGGACCAAGUCAGGCCGGUGUACCGAGCAAGGUUUAGGCCACUAGGUAACCCCACUACAUGGCCUGUUUACAACGGACCUCGGUUCAUCCCAAAUCCGUUCUUGAGACGCGUCGGAAAAGGUCGGCCAAAAAUGACGCGCUUCUUGAAUGAGAUGGACACGCGAAUGUUACGUCGGCCUAGGCGAUGUACGAUAUGUGGAGCUGAGGGACACAGUCGUGGCAGAUGCCGUCAGCAGGGUGGUACAAAUGCCAACUAA